AUGGCCAAUCGGAAUACGCUCCCUCUCUACAAAAAAGUAUGGCUGAAACACACAUUCUCAAGAGCAGUGGAUUCUCUCAUCUUCCUCCUUCUUCUUAUGCUUCUUGGUUAUCGUGUUUUCUCUUAUGACCACUAUUCUUUCCCAUGGUUUGUUGCAUUUCUGUGUGAAUCGUGGUUCACCCUCACUUGGCUCACCACCAUUAGCACAAAAUGGACUCCUGCAAAAACCAUUACUCACCUUGAUCGUCUCCUUCUUCGGGAAGGUGAGCUUCCACAAGUGGACGUGUUUGUGACAACAGCAGAUCCAGUGCUUGAGCCACCUAUCAUAACAGUUAACACUGUGUUGUCUCUUUUGGCCCUUGAUUACCCUGCUAACAAGCUAGCUUGCUAUGUUUCUGAUGAUGGUUGUUCCCCUCUUACUUACUAUGCCCUUGUUGAAGCCACCAAAUUUGCUAAACUUUGGGUACCUUUCUGCAAGAAGUACAAUGUACAAGUUAGAGCACCCUUUAGAUAUUUUUCUGAGGAAGCCACAAUUGAGAAGAGUGAAUUUCCAGAGUUUGAACAAGAAUCAUUAAAAAUGAAAGAAGAGUAUGGACAACUUAGCAGUAAAAUUCAGAAUGCUUCCCAAGAGUUGAAUCCGUGUCCAGUUGUUGGUGAAUAUGAAAUUUUCUCAAAAAGACAGCUGAGAAAUUACCCGACCAUAAUUAAGGUAAUAUGGGAGAACAAAGAAGGUCUUUCAGAUGGAGUACCUCACUUAAUCUACAUAUCUCGAGAAAAAAGGCCACAACAUCCUCAUCAUUACAAAGCUGGUGCCAUGAAUGUUUUGACAAGAGUCUCAGGGUUGAUGACAAAUGCUCCCUAUAUCCUAAACGUAGAUUGUGACAUGUAUGUGAACAAUCCCAAGAUUGCACUACACGCACUGUGCAUUUUGCUGGAUUCAAAGGGAGAAAAAGAAGUUGCUUUUGUUCAAUGUCCCCAACGAUUCUAUGAUACAGUAAAGGAUGAUGCUUAUGGAAAUCAGCUGGUGGCUUUGCCUAUGUACAUAGGAGGUGGAUUUGCAGGACUUCAGGGGAUUAUAUACGCAGGAACAAAUUGCUUUCACAGAAGAAAAGUUAUCUACGGCCUUUCUCCUGAUCAUGACACAAGAACUGCAAAGAAGGAUUUUGGCUUCACUGAUGAAACAAUAUCAGAAAAGAAAACAAUGCAAAUAUUUGGAGCUUCAAAAGGGUUUGUUGAAUCAGCUAAUCAUGCUUUAGAAGAGACAACAUUUACUCCCAAUGACAAACCUUUCAAAUCUCUCGAUCUUGAGGCAGCGAGCCAAGUUGCUACUUGUGACUAUGAAUACAACACUGCAUGGGGUAAACAGGUGGGAUGGUUGUAUGGAUCAACAUCAGAGGAUGUACUUACUGGGCUGGUAAUGCAUACAAAAGGUUGGAGAUCUGAAGUUUGUUCACCAGAUCCAAUGGCCUUCAUGGGCUGUUCACCUCAAGAUAACCUGGGCCAAAUGGCCCAACACAAGAGAUGGUCCUCAGAGAGUGCUUGGCGUAUAUUUGGCUCACAAAUUGGGCCUUACGUUCUGUCCCUGAAAUAUCCUAUGCCCUUCUCCCUGCCUACUGCAUCAUUGCCAAUGCCAGUUUCUUGCCUAAUAAGGUCAGCUGAACCGGGCAUGUGGUUCCCUAUCAGUGCAUUUGUGAUGUACAACGUAGGUACUUUAUCAGAGCACUUGAUAUCAGGGUUGUCAGCUCGAACAUGGUGGAACAACCAGAGAAUGGGAAGAAUAACAACCAUGACGUCAUGCUUCUUCGGAUUUUUUGAUAUCCUCCUUAAGCGCUUAAAGAUAUCUGACACUGUCUUCGAAAUAACAAAGAAAGACCAACCUUCUUCUAACAAUGAAAACGUGGGUAGGUUCUUAUUCAACGAGUCUCCCAUUUUUGUACCUGGCACAACCAUUCUGCUCAUUCAACUCACAGCUCUAGUCACUGCCUUGUGGGGGUGGCAACAAGUUGAAAAUGAUGGUGCAUAUGGGCUAGGUGAGGUGUUUUGCAGUGCUUAUGUGGUUCUGUGCUACUUGCCUUUGUUGAAAGGACUGGUUGGGAAAGGAAAGUAUGGAAUUCCCUUAUCCACAAUAUACAAGGCAAUGCUGCUAGCUUUGUUCUUCGUUCAGCUGUGUAGGAGUACCAUUACCAAGUGA